AUGUCCGCCGCUAUUGCCCCCUCUCUCCCGGCUUCCGAGCCUCCCAAGCUCGAGAAGAAGCCCAUCAAGUUUUCCAACUUGCUCUUGGGCGCCGGUUUGAACCUGUUCGAGGUCACCUCCCUCGGCCAGCCCCUGGAGGUCAUCAAGACCACCAUGGCGGCGAACCGAGGUGAUGGUUUCGGAGCUGCUCUUGGCCGCAUUUGGAACCGUGGUGGUGUUUUCGGCUUUUACCAAGGUCUCAUUCCCUGGGCCUGGAUCGAAGCCUCCACCAAAGGCGCCGUCCUUCUCUUCGUCGCUUCCGAGGCCGAGUACUAUGCCCGCGCUGCCGGCGCCGGCGAGUUCGGCGGUGGCAUUUUCGGUGGUGUGACGGGUGGUGUUGCGCAGGCGUACGCUACUAUGGGUUUCUGCACCUGCAUGAAGACGGUGGAGAUCACCAAGCACAAGAUGGCUUCCACCGGCCAAAAGGCUCCCGGCACCUGGGCCACCUUCAUGGACAUCUACCGCCGCGAAGGCAUUAGAGGUAUCAACAAGGGUGUCAACGCUGUUGCGAUUCGCCAGAUGACCAACUGGGGUUCUCGCUUCGGUCUGAGCCGUCUCGCUGAGCAGGGCAUCAGGGAUCUCACCGGCAAGAAGGAGGGUGAGAAGCUGAGCGCUGUGGAGAAGAUCACUGCCUCGGCGCUGGGUGGUGGUUUGUCGGCCUGGAACCAGCCUAUCGAGGUUAUCCGCGUCGAGAUGCAGAGCAAGAAGGAAGAUCCCAACCGCCCCAAGAAGAUGACGGUCGGGAAUACCUUCAAGUAUAUUUACGAGACGAACGGGCUCAAGGGUCUGUACCGCGGUGUGACGCCCCGUAUUGGGUUGGGCGUCUGGCAGACGGUUUGCAUGGUCGCCAUGGGUGACAUGGCAAAGACGUAUGUCGAGAAGCUGACUGGCGAGGCCGUCACCGCUAAGCAUUAGAUGGCGUUUUGAUGGGUUUUUUCAUAUGAUUGCAUCAGGGCUCUACUACUACAUACACACAUCGUUUAUAUCACUUAGAAUGGAUCGGGAUCGGAUCAGGUUAGGCGGUCGGUCGGUUGGUCGGACAACUUACUACUGGUCGGGUAACGGUCAGGUCAUCUGGUUUUGCGCUUUUUCGGUGGUGAGGGGGUGCCAUAAAAUCAACAGAGAUGUUUGGUUGUUUGUUUCAUGAUGCCUUGCGUUCAGUCUUGGGGAUAGUGGGGUGGUAAUGAUAUAUGUGUUGGUUGAUGUUUGCUUGUCUUGUCGUUGCUGUUGUGUGAUAUUUCGCCUUGAAUUGCUUGCUGUUGAUGUUUUUGAGGUGUAGUGGCAUGUGAUACAAAAAGCGAGCUGAUGUGGCAGUUGCACAUUCUUGGACUUGGCAGAUUGGACACCAACAUAAGCGGGCGAUGAAGUGGAAUAUAUAUGGUGGCUAUGGAGUCUGGUUGGGUGAUAGAUGAGUAUAGAUAUCAUUGGAUAUCAUAUAAGCAUGUUACCUUUGACCUUGCAUCAUUAUCCCUUCGAACAUCAAAUACUGCAGGCACAAUGAUAUCCACAUGGAGAGACAUUCUGUCCUCUUUUCAUUCU